UGCCAUUUGUUUCGUUUUAUUUUGAAAUGUGUUUUGACCCUAACGGAGAUAACUGGGCAGAAGAAGCCAUUGAUGUUUGCUCCAGAGGAUUCAUAAGGACUCGGAGUGAAACAUCAGUCCCGCAUAAGCGAUCCCCGGCUGCAGGUCUGUAGUCCGCAGCAGAAGCGCCUCCUGGUGACCGGGGGCAGACACGAGGAGCGGGCUGUGCUCGGGGGGACUGCCGGGCACCGGCAUGGAUAAGGCGGCCGUGGUGAAGGUCGGGGCCGCGGCCAGCGCCAGCGUGUGCGCCCUGUUCGGCGGCGUGGCGCUGGCGCAGUACAUAGUAGCCAAGAAGAAGCGAGCCGGCAAGAAAACCAAGAUCAUCGAGAUGAUGCCUCAGUUCGAGAAGCCGACGGUCCACAUGAAGGACCCCGAGCGGGUGGAGCAGAUCAUCUGUGGCCUCAUCAAGGGAGGAGCCUCCAAACUGCAGAUCAUCACGGACUUUGACAUGACGAUAAGCAAAUUCUGCGUCAAUGGCUCACGCUGUCCUACGUGUCACAAUAUUAUCGAUAACUGCAAACUGGUAACAGAAGAGUGCAGACAGAAGCUGCUGCAGCUGAAGAAUACGUAUUAUCCCAUUGAGAUUGACCCUCACCUCACCAUGGAGGAGAAAUAUCCAUUUAUGGUUGAGUGGUAUUUCAAGUCUCACUCGCUACUCGUGGAGCAGCGGUUAGAGAAGGACAAACUGCCGGAGGUGGUGCGGGAGUCUGACGUUGCACUCAGAGAAGGCUUUGAGCACUUCUUUGACCGCCUGCAUCAGCACAACGUGCCCGUCUUUAUUUUCUCCGCUGGCCUGGGAGAUAUCCUGGAGGAAAUCAUCCAUCAGGCCGGAGUUUACCACCCCAACGUAAAAGUCGUCUCAAACUUCAUGGACUUCGAUGAAAAUGGUGUCCUGAGGGGAUUCAAAGGUGAGCUGAUCCACGUGUACAACAAACAUGACGGUGCUCUGAGAAACACAGAGUACUUCAAGCAGCUGAAGGAAAACUGCAACAUCAUCCUGCUGGGAGACUCGUUGGGAGACCUCAGCAUGGCCGACGGCGUCCCCAACGUGGAGAACAUCCUGAAGAUCGGAUUCCUCAACGACAAGGUGGAGGACAGUCUGGACAAAUACCUGGACGCUUAUGACAUUGUCCUCGUGAGGGACGAGACUCUGGAAGUUCCCAACGCCAUUCUUCAGAAGGUCCUAUAACUCCACUCCCCAGUUCACCCCUUCCCCACACGUUGUUUUCUCUCCAGCAGCUGAAUUUACACCACUCCACUCUCCUCGGAGCUGACGAGCAUUUGCUCAGAUUCUCUGCCCCAAAUCCCACCUGCACCACACUGUCUUUUGGCCUUUUUAAAGACAUUUUACAUCUCCUGAAUGAACUUUUUUUUUUAAAGUUCUCACAGCAGCAGCAAACUAUCUGGUGCGUUUUUAUCAGUUGGAAUUGUUUCUUACGUUUCCUCUCUGAAGUCAUUUUGUGAUACACCAAUAGAGAGAUAAAUAACAAAAGAAAACUCUUUAUAAUUUGCACAUUGUUCUAAUUUUUUUAUCCCUAAAUAAAAUUCUUUUUGAUAUUGUAAUAUUUGUACACGAUAAACCUGGUGCCCAAAGAAGGACUCUGCUUUAGUUUUAUGCCUGUCACCUCUGUUACUUAGACUGUGUGACUGGUCUGUUGCAUGUUCACCUGCUCAGUGUUUCAACAUGUUGUAAGGUUUGGCUCAAAUUCUCCUAAACAGGGUAGUAUGACGAUAUGCAGUGUAUAAAGAGAAAAAUGUGCUUCCUAGAAAAUAAAUUUGAGUGGCAGCAUCAGCAAAAUGAUAACCAACAGUGUUAUUUGAAUUAUUCUGUUUAGAUAUAAGCUUCAGGGUGUCAAUGUGAAACUCUAUGGGAAAAUCAGUUUCCCCAUCUCUGAGUUUAUGUGGCUGCUGCUUUGAUUUGUGGCUGUAGGAACAAUCCUCUGCAUAAAAGAAGCCAUGUUUACAUAAACCUCGUUUUUAUCACAUCCCCAAUAUGUUGAUUUGAUACCAUAUCGACUCUCAAAAGAAGAAAAAUAUCUCUUUAUUCUACAUGAAACAUUCAUGGAAAACACCACUCAUCAUUCCCACUCUGGCACUGAAGCUUAGAAACUUCAUUUCAGGUUGACCUCUAGCGGUCAUUAAAGGAACUACAGCAGUAAUAAACCUAACGGGAGACGUCCAGUUUCUCAUUAAGAUGGAAAUCUGUGUGAAGUGUUUCACUGUUGUAGAAGAAGGAGGGAUACACUGCUGUGUGUGUGUGGCUCAGUAAAACCCAGUUUAAGAUCUCUUGAAAGUCUGUUAGAUUUUUUUUUAUUUCUUUUUUAUUCUGUGGGUAAAAUUGAGCACUACCUCUGCAAUAUUGUCUUUUCAGGAGCUUUAAAAGCUAAAAUGUAAGUCUUUGUCUCAACAUAUUGUGUUAAAACUUUCCCUUGAAUUUGUAUGUAUUUUAAAUGUGCUGCUAUCACCUGCAUGUUGCCUUUUACUUCUAAUGUAAUGUCAAAGAAAUGGGAGAUUGAAAAUAUAUGUAUCAGUAAAAUGGGGAACUAUAUUAUUCUGUAUAUGUGGGGAAAUGUAUAUGGAAAUGUAUAUUGUUUUUCCUGCAUUGGAGAUGUUUUAUCUCAAGUUUUAACUUGUGUUUUAUUUUUGUAAGCAAAUGGCUUCAUUUGUUGGUGUGACUACAACAUGCAAUAAAAACAAAUAAAGAAAUAAAAUGAAAACAUUUGAGAGGCCAUGAA